AUGCAUGUUUAUUCGUUGAAAAUUAAACUCCCUUCUCUAGAACCACUGCAACACGCACCAUUAGUAGAUACAGACCCUCAUGUUAAGGAAGAUGUGAUGGACCAAGCAGCAGCAGCUACGGCACUUCAAUUAUUGGGACUUUCACAAGCGGAAGAAAAAGAGAAGGAAAAAGAAGAGAAAGAACCUAUAACGAAAGAACUUGAGAAUAAUGUGAUGUUGAUUGGAAAUUAUCCUGGCUUACCCUCCAGCUUAGAAGAUAUUGACCUAAACAGUGAAGAUAUGAUGCAAGACUAUAAACGUGGAACCUGGACAAGAGAGGAAGACGAAUUAUUAUUGUCAGGUAUAAAGAGAUAUGGUUAUGGUAGAUGGAAAGAAAUUGCAACUUCUAUUCCGGGAAGAAAGGGCAAACAAUUAAAACAAAGAUGGGAUAAUACUUUAGCUUCCAAAUACGUUGAUCAAGAAUGGUUAAGAAAUAAAAUUCGUAAUGAUGAAGAAGAAACUGCUGCCAACGCUACAAACGCUGCUGCCGCUUUCUUGGAAGCAACGGAUUGGAAUGAUAUCGCGUUGAAGAUUACGGAAAAGGCAAGGGAAGGAGAUCAACACGCUAUAGAAGCCUUAUUAUCACAAGCCUUAUUAGGGACUGUAGCCCAUAAUGCAACAUCAUCUUCUGCUACUGGAUCGCCACAUCAUGAUAAUGUUUCUAUUAACCAAGAUAAUACCAGCCCAAGUACACCCACUACAAACGACACAAACGACACACUCGGUCUGAAUUUUACACGAUCCCCUAUUGAUCCCAAUAAUCCACCACCUAUCAAUUUCGCAGAUGCCGCUGCUUUAGCCAUUUACGCACAACAACUCAAUCACAGUAAUAAUAAUAGUACAGCAACAAGUUCGCCUCAGAACAAUAACUUGGCUGCAGCUGCUACGCUUGCCAAUCACCCGUAUUUCCUUACCAACCCUUUUGCUCCCAGCUCAAAUAAUGACAAUAACAAUGCACUAUCAGCCGCUGCAGCCGCUGCUGUAGCUGCUGUAGCACAUCAGGCACAACAACAGCAACAACAGCAGCAGAAUGACCAGACCAAUUAUUCUACUGUUUCAUCACCUUCUUCGUCUACACCAACAGCGGGACAAAAACGACGUCGAUCUGAUCCAGCUUUAGCGGACACCCAAAGUGCUGCUAUGACAAUAUAUGCAUCCGCUACACCCAUCACAACUACGAUCAAUAACCAAACGCAAACAGUGUAUCCUUGUCUGUUCCCCAACUGUGGAAAAACGUUUGCCCGAUUAUAUAAUUUAAAGAGUCAUUCGAGAACACACACGGACGAUCGACCGUUUGUAUGUCAUGCCUGUACAGCUGCUUUUAGCAGAAAUCACGAUUUGAAAAGACAUUCCAAAAUACAUGGCGGGGAUAAGCCGUACCGUUGUGAAGGAUGCAAAAAGAGUUUCUCCAGAUUGGAUGCGUUAAAACGGCACAAAAGUAAUCAGAGAAAUAAACAAGGUUGCACAGAAGAUUAA